AUGCCCGGGCCUCCGAGCGAGUCCCCGGGUCAGUUACCGUCCCUCCGUCGCUCGUUCACUCUUCCAGCCAAAUUAAGUCCCCAAGCGCCGCGCGAUGCGCCAGCGCUCUCCGAAAAUGUGAUCUUCUACCACCCAAAGGCGAAAAUCGUCAAGUUUGCUCCUCGCGCCGUCCACCCCAGCCCCUCGAGUUCUGCGCCAUCUGACUUCGACUAUCCCGUUGAUACAAUCGAAACUCUGCCCUGGCGCUCAGCUACCGAACGAACCGUUGCGACGGCGCCUCUGCGACUCGAGAAGGUGCAUGGACUGACAGUCUUCCUGAAAUGCGGAAAUGUGGUCCAUGCGAUCCUGAAGAACUCGCAAUGUUGGUGUGUGGAUGGAGUGUCGAAAUUCGUCUUGCGCAUUCGCCCUCUCACCUACUAUCGCAUCGAGCUGCCGCAUGAAACGGAAGAGGACCACCGCGCGGUGGGAGACUUGAAAAAUGCGUUGCCCACAGUCUUGCGAUACGAGGUUACGCCAUGUCCCUUCAAGCGCGCAUUCACUGUCGAAAUACCAGAAGAAGCCAUGGCUCCUCGGCGCAAAAAGGCGUGGCGCCCCAAGGCUCGGAGGGAGAGUGCGCCUGCGAAUUCUCUGGGCACGCCGGAUUCGCUAUCGCCUACCAAGUCUGAUGGGGUGGAUUCCACGAGUACGGGGGAUGACACCGACGGUAAUGCAACCGAUGACAGUGAUCCUACCUCCAACAAAGCCAACAGUACAGCUUUGGAAACAAUACCCGAUGGCGAUGAGUCGUCUCUGUCCACCGACUCCAUGGAUCCGCCCAUAGCUCCCGCUCCUCCUCGGCGCUCAGUGACUGAGACCACGCAAACUUUUACCAGCUUGCUGGCAAAGUUUGAAGCUACAUCGGUGCAUGAAGAAGAUUCCGACAGUGACAGGCGACCCGACGCUGAAGCAUUGCAAGCAGCCGACGAAGCCGAAGCACAACCUGAGCUUGAAGCACUAUUUGGAACUGAAGCAUUCGGUGAUGCGGAGGCGUCGUCUAAUGCCGAGGGGUCAUCUCAAGCUGAAACGAUUGCCGAGAUUCAAAAUGCUGAAGCACUUCCCGAGAAUCAGCCAUCGUCUUGUUCCGGAGCAUUGCCUCUAUCUGAAGAUGCCGAAGCGCUGCCGGAAGCUAAAGAGGUUAAAGAAUCGUCUGAAGCUCCAGCUCAAUAUGGAGCACAACCUGAAGACCAGAAAUCACCUGUCACCAAGACAUUGCCAGAAGCCGAAGAAUUUGAUGCACUGCCCGAGGCCAAGGAAGCCCAAGCUCUCCCGGAAGUUGAAGCUAAGGCUUCGCCUGUCGUUGAAACAGUCGCUGAAGCCGAAGAGGCCAAAGAAUUGACUGAGGUUGAACCAUUUUCUGCAACAGAAGCAAAGCCUGAAGCAUUUCCCGAGGGUGAACUGCCCGAAGUCGAGGGUUUACCCGAUACAGGAGUGGCGACUGAAUCCGAUGCUUCACUUUCAUCCAGCCCUGCAUCAUUUCACUCCGCGGAUCUGCUUUCACCAGCCGAUACCAAUUCCACUCAUGCUAGCCCCGUGGAAUUCUGUGGCCUGACCGAAAAGAUCAUCAAGUGCCAUGAUCAUAUUAUCUCGCAGGCCGCUUCUCAGGAUCAAGUGCCUCCCAAAAUAGUACGGAAACGGCAACCUGAAAAGCUUGAAAGCUCCAAGAGUGAAGACAUACUCGCAACACCGCCAAUGAGGGUGCAACGCAUUGUCAAGGAGGACCCGCCAAGGCCUACUUCAGACUUGUCCGUCUCCUCGAGCUCGAGGUUGUCCGCUGGAUCUGUCAUCUCGUCCACAGCGCCGCACACAGAUUUCAACCACAUGAGCGCCGAAUUCCGUCGUCGCGCACGGGCUACACGGCAGCGAGACCUUUCGCCUAUGCCUCCUCCCUCUACUAUCUACCAUCCGCCCCCAACUCAGGAUGCUACAUCAAUUCUUACCAAGGCACUGACUAUGGUCUUGAUACCACCGAUGUAUCUGUUUGUCAUUUUGCUGCACGUUGCCGCACGCAUCGUUGCUAAUCCAGCUGUUGACUCCACUUCUAAGGCUGGCCAGCCACCCCGUCCAGACUAUGUCAAUGAGGAUGAUUUCAGUUUUCCCUUGGAGCCUGAAACGCCUUCUGAAUAUGAAGACGCCAACCUUUCCAGCAAAAUGGAUCCAUGGGACCUGGACUAA